ACAUGUCAGGCAGGCGUUUCUUUCACGUUUCCACUCGCGUUUUCAAAGACCCGCAGUCUACAGGACGCUUGUCUAGAUUUAAAAAGUAUAUCUUUGGCAGUAAGAGCAGUCCGAUAGCGACAGAAGAAGAGAAAGAAAGCGACUUGGUUUCUCCCGCUUUCCUCAAUCUGCGACAGAAAAUUGAGAAUAUCGUGAAGGAAGAGGCAACUGAGGAAAUGGAAAAGGAAAUGGAAAAGCAGCAAUUGGAGUUGUGGGAAGACUUGCCUCUGAAAAAUUUAGAAAUAAAAUUCAAGAUUCUCAGUCGAUGUCACAAAGAGUUUGGCUUUGUCGUUCCCAAUCCAUUGUUGAAUUCAAUAAGAUCUGCACAAGAUGUGAAACUUUUCUAUCUCGCACCGCCACGUAAACUCAAACAGUUUGAAAACGUUGAUUUCAAUAACCUCUCUCCAAACCUUUCCUUUCGUAAUCCAUCAGAUGUAUCAUGAUGUAUUGCUAAUAUAACGUACACGU